AUGAGAGCCUUGACCUUGUUGGCCCUUGUGGGCUGUGCUGCGGCCGCCGUCUAUCAGCAUCCACUCAUGUGGCAAGAGGCUAAAAUGUUCAAAAUGAUGAGAACCGGCGAAUGGUCCACCUAUCGCCAGUACAAGGACUCACUCCGUGUUUCGCGUGGAGCCGUUCGUGCCAAUCUUCCACAAACGGUUUUGGACUAUGAUGACUUUGAGUACGUUGGAAAUGUGACCGCCGGAACGCCACCACAGCAAUUCGUCGUCGUGCUCGACACCGGAUCAGCAAACUUCUGGAUCCCGGCCACGAACUGCGACAACUCGUGCCGUGGAAAAUCGAAAUAUGACUCGAGCAAGUCGUCCACAUACAAAGCCAACGGACAAUCCUGGUCCAUUCAAUAUGGAUCGGGUGACGCUCGCGGAACCCUCGUCCAAGACACAAUGACUUUCGGAGGAAUCGGCGAAAACCAAUUGCAAAUCCCGAACACCGUCAUUGGACAGGCUACCCAUAUCUCGGCCGAUUUUUCUCAAGAUCCAACCGACGGUAUUCUCGGAUUGGCUUUCCAAUCGUUGGCUGUUGACAACGUUGUGCCACCACUCCAAAACGCUUGGUCUCAAGGAAUCCUCGACCAACCCCUUUUCACUGUCUACUUGAUGCACCGUGGCGCCAUGGAGGGAAUCAAAGGCGGAGUGUUCACCUAUGGAGCCAUCGACAUGACCAACUGUGAUUCAACUCAGCAGAACUUCGUCCAACUCACCUCGCCAACUUAUUGGCAAUUCCGAGUCACUCAAUUCAAACUUGGAAGCUACACCCAAACGAAGAACUACGAUGUGAUCUCUGACACCGGUACCUCGCUCAUCGCUGGACCCCAAGCCAUCACUGAUCAAUUGGCCAAAGCCGCUGGAGCCACUUAUGAUUCCCGUGACGGAAUCUACACAAUGCCAUGCAGUGCCUCUCCCGGAACCCUCGACUUGACAAUCGGCGGAAUUGUCUACUCAAUCCAAAAGGUCAACUUCGUCUUGGACUCAGGAGACGGUGGAAAGACUUGCUAUUUCGGAAUUUUCCCCUUCAACUUGGGAGCUUUCGGCCCACAAUGGAUCUUGGGAGACCCAUUCAUCCGCCAAUUCUGCAACAUUUACGACUUCAACCAACAACGCAUUGGUUUCAUGCCAUCGAAGCAACCAAAC